AUGGCUCUUGAGAGAUUAAACGCUGUUCUUCAGCAGCUGAAGCCCAGUACGGGUGGCAGUAGCGUUGUCAGCAAGCUUUGCGAGAAGAACCCCGACGAUGUUGUCAUUACCGUCGCUGCUCGAACUGCCAUGACAAAGGGCUUCAAGGGUGGAUUCAAGGAUACUGAUCUCGAUAUGCUGGUCUAUAAUCUUAUCAAGGAGGUGCUAGAUCGCUCGAAAAUCGAUCCUAGCUUGAUUGAGGAUGUCUGCUUGGGAAAUGCUCUUAACGGCAAAGCAUCAUACAUUGCCCGUACCGCGGCUCUCGCGGCUGGCAUCCCCCACACGGCCGGUGCUGCUGCUGUCAGCCGAUUCUGUUCUUCCGGCCUAAAGGCCAUCCAAGACGUGGCCUACCAGAUCUCUCAAGGCUCUAUCGAAGUCGGUAUCGCCCUCGGCGGCGAGUCCAUGUCUCGUUCGCCCGACCGAGGAUUCGAGCCUGCUGAGAACGAGAUCAUGAAGAACCAGGAAGCUCAAGACUGCACGCAGCCCAUGGGCCAAACAUCCGAGAACGUCGGUGAUGAUUUCAACAUUACCCGUGAAAUGCAGGAUCGUUACUCUGUGGAGUCUUUUAGAAGGGCGGAGGUUGCGCAAAAGUCGGGCUGGUUCGAUGAUGAGAUUGUGCCGAUCAAAACAACGAUCAAGGACCCAAAGACUGGCCAGGUGAAGGAAGUUGUCAUCUCUCGGGACGAGGGCCCUCGAUACGGCACUACUUUCGAAGGCUUGAGCAAGAUCCGCCCUGCCUUCCCGCAGUUCGGAAACAAGACCACUGGUGGCAACGCCAGUCAAAUCAGUGACGGAGUCGCUGCGGUGCUCCUCAUGAAGCGCUCCAAGGCCAUCGAACUGGGCCAACCCAUCCUGGCCAAAUUCGUCGGAGCCACCGUUGCUGGUGUGCCCCCAAGAGUCAUGGGUAUCGGCCCGACCGCCGCCAUCCCCAAGCUGCUCUCGCAAUUCAACCUGCGCAAGGAGGAUAUCGAUAUCUUCGAGAUCAACGAGGCCUUUGCCUCCAUGGCAGUCUACUGCGUGAACAAUCUUGGUCUUGACCACGCCAAGGUAAAUCCUCGCGGUGGCGCUAUUGCCUUGGGCCAUCCGCUUGGAUGCACCGGCGCGAGACAGGUGGUUACCAUUCUAAGCGAGGCCAAGAGAACAAAGGCAAAGGUGCUUGUGACCAGUAUGUGUAUCGGAACAGGUCAGGGUAUGGCUGGUCUGCUCAUCAAUGAGCAAAAUUAA